AUGCCUGCGAAUUCCCCCAGAAUAGCAGAGCCAUUGCGAGCAUUUUCAGCCCUGGAAACUGUAAGAGCCUUCCAGGUUACCAGCGAAAACUACCCGAAAGCUUUAGACAGACUCAGGGAACGCUUCGAUAAUCCCACUCUAAUUUUUUUGGAAGGAAUUGCCUCCUUAUUCACGCUGCAAACAGCCGAUAAAUCAAACUAUCAACAAUUGCGUAGUUUGAUUGACAAGGCAUCAGCCAUAUUUAGUUCGUUAGAAUCAUUGGGCAUGAGCUCCAAUAUCGCACAAGCAAUGCAGAUUUACAUUGUUAUUGGAAAAUGUGAUCAGCAAACUCGCAACAAAUGGAAUGAAUCGCUAGACUACAAAUCGCUUCCAACUUGGAUACAAUGCACCCAAGUUUUAGAACGCCUCUGUCAGUUUUUGCAUUCAUCCGACUCCUCGUCACACCAUAAGUUCGAGUCCACCAAACCAAUUCGGAUUACUACCCGUGGACAAAAUUCAUCAUUCGCCAUCACUAAGCCUUCCUGUGUUCUUUGCUCUAGCAAUAAACACAAAAUUAUUGGGUGUUCUCAAUUCAAGGACAUGAACACGAAUCAAUGCUACGAUGCCGCCAAGAAAUACGACCUCUGUAUCAAUAGUCUGAGCAAUGGUCACAGAGUGCGCCGAAACAUCGCUGCCGCUCCUGUAACAGAACGCUCCUGCAUCAUGACAACGCGACUAUGCCUACACUUGCAAGUCCAACAUCUCUUCCUGUAUCGCAAUCGUUUUAACCAUCAUCAUCAUAUUCAACCAAACCUCACACAUACAACCAACUAG